AUGGUCGUGUGGCCCCUGCGUCUGUUUGCGUCGUUCAGUUCGGACGAGGGCGCUGGCGGUGGCCUGCUGAUCUCGCCGCACAGACACGCGAGGCAAAGCCGUCAAGACGGCUCACCAGGCCGCCCGAGCAAGCCCUCUCGGGGCUGCAGGCAUUUGCUCACCCGAGGCGAGCGUACGCGUGGAACUGCCUCUGCCUUUCUGUCUGCCUGCCUGUCUGCCCAGGGCGGCCAGACCACGUGGAGCACGCCGCGAGGCGGCUCCGUCGGCCCUCUGGCCACCUGCUGGCCAAGGCCUAGGCCUAGACCUCGUGGCAAGCCGGCGCGCGUGCAUCAUAAGGGUCAACAGUCGACUAACGGCCCCAUCUCACGUGCUCAUGUGCUCAUGCGCCUACGCGCACGCACGUACCAAAAUUCGCCCGACAGAUGGCGGCUGGGCCAAUGCCAGUUUGUGAUUGGUCGAAGCUCGGCCCAAUCAACAGUCUCCUGCACAGCUGGAUAA